AGGUGACAAAUGCAGACAAUUCGCAACCUUUGCAUCCAUUCAGCCUCCACCUUCCGAUCCAUAAAGAUCAAUUAAUUACAUAUUUACCUGUAAUAAAAGAAAUGAAGCCUUUCGCUCUCCUCGUCUUAAUCGGAGUCGUCCUCUUCCCGAUCAGCACGACUUCGUUUUCCUGCUACAUGUGCACUUCGGAACAAGAGAAGAAAUGCAAGGAGGGCAAGCUGGAUGAUAAAUACGUUAAAAAUUGCGACUUAACAAACUCUGUUAAUCCUGAAACCAUGCAGCUCUGGAACGCCACAGAAAUUGCGGCUAUGCAGGAAGCCAAGCAAUUAUUUAACAUGGGGUGUUUUAAGACACACUUGACCUCGGGCGGGGAUGGCGGCACAGUCAAAAUGUGCAUGAUCUCGCCACACCUGGAUCGUAAGGAUUCGUGUGCCUCGGGAAACUAUGAGGGGAACGAGGCCCACGUGUGUUUCUGCCACUCGGACAAAUGCAACGGGGCGGGGGGAAACCCGGUCCCAUAUUUUGUCCUAGUUUCCGCUCUGUCCCUGCUUUUUGUCGCGGGAAAAAAAUAAUUUCUAACAAAUUUGAAUUUGUGUAUGUACGAUAUGAAUUGCAAAUAAAUCAUUGUUGAUUUCCAUCAUGAUUACAGAUA